AAUACUCAUCAAGGUUAUUCCACCUGAGAGUUGCGUCGGAUUGCAUCACCUUUGACCAGUGGAGGUAGCAAAUUCGCAGAACUUCAGGUUAGGGACAUCUGGACAUGUCCUGGAAGCUUUAAUCACCAUUUUCUGAUCAAAAGAGAGCAUCAACAUGGCCUCUACAUUGAACUGGAAUACAUCCGUGGAAUGAGCCUGCAAGCAGCUUGGUUCUGCGGCAAUCUGUCGGAAGACCAGCAGAAAGACAUCAUUACGGAAAUUGCAGGCUACGUCAACCAGCUCCGAAGCUUAGAGCCACCACAGAGAGAGUUUGUUGGCUCUGCGACUCUCGAACCAUGUCUUGACUAUCAUGUGGGCUUUUCUACUUUUGACCCAUUCAGCGAUCAUGCAGAGUUUCAUUCUUUCCUUCGGCGAUAUAUACCUAUUGAGACAUGCACGCAGACUUUCGGCCAAGAGGUCACUCACUGUCACUCACGCUGACCUCUGUCCUCGAAAUAUCAUUGUGAAGAACGGAAAAGUCGCUGCAAUCAUUGACUGGCAAUCUGGUGGCUGGUAUCCGGAGUACUGGGUAUAUACCAAAGCACACUACGGCAUGGUUAACAGGCCAGAUUGGUACGAGGCACUGGAGUCUGCCAUCGCGAGAUACGAUGAUGAGUAUGAAGCUGAGCAAGCACUGUGGGAACAAUGUGACCAGCCAGGAAUUCCACUACAUUUCAGUGGCCAAGACAACUAAUCACAACUGGAUGAGACUCUUCAAUGAUUUUGCAGUAUCGAGAUAAGACACCUCCAAGCAGG